AGACGGGGGUCCCACUGUGGUAGCAUUCAGUCUUUUCUUCUAAGUCUGAGCUCAAAUAAACAAUAUGGUUGUGUGGACGGAGCAGGAGCGCAGCAUCAUCAACGGCAUCUUUGGCGGCUUGAACUAUGAAGACAUCGGGCCCAAGGCUCUGUGCAGGUGUCUGAUCGUUUACCCCUGGACUCAGAGGUAUUUCGGUGCCUUUGGUAACCUCUACAACGCCGAGGCCAUCAAGACCAACCCCAACAUCGCAAAGCACGGCGUCACUGUGCUGCACGGUCUGGACCGGGCCGUGAAGAACAUGGACAACAUUAAGAGCACCUAUGCCGAGCUGAGCGUGCUGCACUCCGAGAAGCUGCACGUGGACCCCGACAACUUCAAGCUCCUGUCUGACUGCCUGACCAUCGAGAUCGCCGCAAAAAUGGGAAAGGACUUCACAGCAGAGACGCAGGCCGCCUUUCAGAAGUUCCUGGCUGUUGUGGUGUCCGCUCUGGGAAAACAGUACCACUAAAUGUGCAACAGCAGAACGCCCAAAGGAGGCCUAAAGUGUUUUCUGUGUCUCUUGUUGUCAAAAAAUAAAGGCACACUUAAGCAAAACUACUUGUCGCUUGUCUA